AUGGACGCGGCAACGUUUAUUGGAGAUCGGGGAGAAUGCUGGACAAGAGUCGGUCUCAUUCCGUGGAACAGCACCAACACUCAGAACGUCUUCCUCAUCUUCAACUUUCAAAUCAAGACGGGCCUCGGCCCGGUGUUCGAUUGGGCGAAACGAUUCACGGCAACGGAACAAAUGGCGGAAGCUUUGGACGAAUUCACAGUUGUGAAGGUCACCAUCAUCCCAUUGGAGCAAGUUGUGGCAGCUUUGGUGAGACGAAAAGCCAGUUUCAAGAACACCGUGGAACGAUUGGAAGCCUGGGUUGCGUUUCAAUUCCCAGAUUUUGCUUUUGGAAAGAAGUUGAAAUGGCAUCUCCCCCAGUGUGACCGAUUUGCCUCGGCCACCCCACACAUUGGAACAGACAAGAAUCCGUCUCUGGAGAAGGUAGUGAAAUACUUCAGCACCGCCAACACCACUUUCCCGUCGAUCAGAAUGGAAGUUACUGGGGUGGACGAGCCGGAGAUCGAGUCAGACCUGAUGCAGCGCAUUCACAAUGCCCGAAUCGAAGAAGCCCUCACCCUUUUCACCCUCACAGACUCGGAUGGCAAACUCCAGAUGAUUGGACCAGAGGCGCCAAUGGCGGAAGUUGGGAAAAGACCAGUGCCACCAGUUUACUUUCAAGAGGAGAGAGUGGAUGAACUGGUUAGGACUUGGGACGAACAAUUCCUCAAGCCUCGAACGCCAGCGAUGGGCUGCUCGACCCCUACUAUCAACAUUAUCAACACCGCCACUAUUGACGAUUUGGUCAGAAAGGUGUUCCACAAACUCCCCAAGGCCGAAGCUACGCCGGAUCGCCUGCGUGAUAUCGCAGCAGCAGCUCUUAUGGACAAAAUCCCACCACCCUUCACCAAAUACACCUCCAUCAACAAAUUGGCGGAAGUAUUGGAACAUUUGGCGAACAUAGACGAAAAUACAGAAAGGCUGGAGCUGUUGGAGAAAGCCGAGCUCAUUCUGCGCCAUGAAAAGAUCAGCACUAAAACCGACGACCUAUGGCUUGAAUUGGCCAUUUGGGGACGAAAGAUAUUGGAGAAGAUGUGGGAAUGGGUGAAAAAGUUAAGAACCAACCCUUUCCGAAUCCCAGCAGAUAUGGUGUUUUACGAAGUGGCCAAGAAGGUAUCCAGCUUCAACAGCGACGAAGGGAGAAUGCACCUAUCGCUCUUGGGAAACACACUACCACCAUCUCUAGUCGCCACCAGCAAACGUGGUGAAUUCCUGGCAAUAGUGGUGGAUUAUAAGACAGUGAAAGUCCUCCUUCUUCCCAAAUUUGUCCCCAAAGAGAUGGGAAUUUUCGAAAAGGAGUUUGUAAAGGUGGUGGAAUCCCUCAAGGAGCUGGCGUCGGAACACAUCUCGGUGGAUCUUCCCCGACUCAUCCACGGCAUCAAGAACAACUGUGUAUCCUGGAACGAAUGGCGAAAAAUGGUGGACGAAAUAAAGGAAUGGCCGGCGGUGAAAACAUGUGGCUAUUGGGUGUACCGACUGCCGAACCUGAAAUCACCAUUAGCUAUUGGCCUUUCGAAAACAUUGGGGCCAAUUCUGAAGGAUUUGGAUGACCGACGUUUUGGAACGAUCUGUAAAACUUGGGCAGCCCGGUUUGGCCAAGACCCAACUCACACUUAUGAAAGACCUAUGGUUCAAGUGGAGAAACCGUUCUUUCAACCGAUGGAAUGGGAUUUUUUGGUGGAUAAUUGGGAAGAAGCUCCGGUGUUCAAGAAGAGAGUCGACAGUGCCCUCAUGUGUGGCGCACACGGUUGCGUGGAAAUGGACGUGGAUUUUAUGUCCUGCGCAAAAUGCUUCCAGCUCACUUCAGACCUUCUCGUGAAGGAAAAUGACUCCCUUAUGGUGCCAACUUUCAAGGACAACAAGGUGAAGACUUUCGCCAUCGAAAGGACAACGUACAACCAACCGAUGGAUUUGUACAACUCCAAAAUGAGAGCCCAGUUUCUAAGAGACGCACUUGCCCUUCACAACCCAACAAGAAAUUACGACAUCCCCAACAAAGCAAUCGUUGGAGCAGCAAUGAGGAGAUAUGGAAAUGCCACGGAGAUUCGUUGGGGUUCGAGAGAACUGCUCGGAAACGAGAAAUUGGUGAACGCGGUGGAGCUGGUGCUAGCGGAACACGAACACGUAAACGACCCGGAAUUCCUGGAGGCAUGGAAGACAACAAUACCGCUGGAGCUUAUGCCACGAUUGAGCGCAGAGAGAAUGUACAUCCCCACCCCUCAUUUUCGCCCGAUAGUCUCACCUACGGAUCAGGAAAUUGAGGACUCCUCGUCCGAUAGCGCUUCCUCCACCAUGUCCGAACAACGACCUUUGGAAAUUCGGGAGAUCCCUUCGGCUUACACAAACCCAGAAGUAAAACCACCACCGCUAGGAUAUUACGCAAUGGCCUACAAGCAGCGAAAAGGCUUGGUUCUGGUGGUACGUAUGGACGAAUCGAUUGAAAAUACCCGAAUUCUAAAUGGACCGACGGUCAUCAAAAUAGCGAAUGGUCGGGAGAUGGUAUGCAUCGACAAUUCAACCCCACAAGCAGAAUUAUUGGCCCAUGAACGAGCGGCGGUGGAGGAGUUGGGUUUCAAUGUUGGAGAGCUCACUCAAAAGAUGCGAGAGCUAGCGAGUUACCCAUAUCAGGAGGGUAAAAUUCAUGGCUUCCCGGAGUUAACUGUUCUCAACGAGUACGCAGCGCGAUACAAACACGUCUCGUUUGUGGUGCAUGCGGACUCUUUCAUCCUCCACCAGCACAUGAAACUCUACUGGCAACAACUUCGUUUGCAUCGGGCGACAACGGAAGAACAGAAUUUCACCAUCACAACCCUACGCACAGAAAGUGAAGCUCUCCCCCAAUGUUACUUCGUCUCCAAAGCCCAGGCACAUGUCAAAAUCUGGCGACCAAUAAGGAAAUCCCUCACCCAAAAGAUCAUCUGGAACCCUAAACACCACGACCAAGUAAAAGAUCUGGAAUUUUAUGGACAUAUGGUGGCAGCUACGUAUUUCGAACCAGGCCUCGCUGCGGAAAACUUGAUCGGACUCCCGGUCCGAGAUUUGUUCCCCAAAAUCGACAACCAAAAUGCGCGAAUCCGAGAACGAAUUGAAGAUGGGGCGAACAUGUUGGCACUCAUGUUUGAGUUGAACGACAAAGAUCAGCUGGACAGUUUGGUGGUGGGGAAUGGCUCACUGUCGGUGAAAAGCAGCCAAUGGCAGGAGCGUUUCCAUUUCUCUGCAAAACAGAGAGAAAGAAUGAGAAACCACCAAGAAAAGAACAUCCGUCGCCUGCAGCUAGAAGGUUUGGGGAUGAUGCGAAACCAUUUUCCAGAGGUGUUCAACUCUGCGAAGAUGACUGAAUGGCUGGAGAAGAAGCUGAAGCCGGACAUCCGAUUUCACUCCCCUCAAAUUAUGGAAGGUAUCCGAAAGGGCUUCCUGGAAAGCCUACACAUCCUCCAAACUACCCAGAAUGAAAAGAACCGUCGGGUAGAGACAGCUUUGGAGAAAGUGUUCACGGACAGAAAAGGAGAACCUGCGGAGACCAACAACCCAAAUCGCCGACUCCCAAUAGUCAACUGGAUGGACGCCAACACAACUGGAGGUUUGGGGGUCUUGCGGAAAAUGGAGGAGAAGAAAUAUCGUAUCUCAACCUUAUUCCUUCAAGAAAAUAUCAAAGAAGGCCGACCAUAUGAAGAGGCGGCGAAAAGGGCCAAAAGGAGACGAGAAGUUUUGGAGAAAGAAAUGCGCCAGCUAAACGUGCACGAUCUUCAGGAUUCACUGGAUAAUGAGGAGAUCAAGGUUCCCAAGCCGCUCAAACCCGACAGCUCAGAGUAUAAGAAGUUCAGCUUUACCAUCCCGGUAGAUAAGCGAACAGAAGAAGAUUGGAGACGAUUGGAAAGGGAACAAGAAAAGGAGACAGAAGAAGCGCUCAAGAAAGCUGCGGAAAGAGCGGAGGAAUCAGACUCCUCCUGCACUGAUACUGAACCCACCACCUUCUUUUUUGUUCCAGAUGAAAAUGUGCAGGAUUGGGGAGAACUUAUGUGUGCUGAUGAGAAGUCGGGAAGUUCGGCAACAGCUUCAGAAAACACAACGAUCACGGUGAUCAAUAAACAACCGGAAGUACAGCCAAUACAGCCGGAGGAAGUGAAAUCACCAGAGUCGGGAGAAACGGGGGAUGAGACAAUCACCACACCUUCAAGACCGGCUUUAGCCUCAAACGAAGUGGAAGCCGAAGCGGAAGAGGAAGACUCGGGCAUCCAAACAGCGCCUAAAAUCGACCCAACACAACCUCAGGGCAGAACGACUCCGAUGUUUGACCAGAUUGUGGAAAAUGUGGUGGAAGCUGAUGAGGACACGGACGUCCGUGUCCACUACAGUUCUGAUCUUCAGGGAACCCUUGAAUAUUGGAACAAAAAGGCUGAACAACCGGAAACAUCGGGCGACCACCCUCAAACAUCACACCAAGGACAAGCAACAGAAACAGCAGACCCAACCGAUCCUGAAGAAAAGAAGCGAGCGGAAGCAGCUGAAGAAGCUUUGGUGGCACAAGUGCAACAACUAGGGGUAAAUCCAGACGAACUGAACAGCCGUGAAAAGGCAGUGGCGGAUUGGUUGCUAAAUGGCCUUAAAAUCGUCCCAUCAAAACAAAACCAACAAUUGAAAUUCCAACGAGGAAUGGAGAAUAGGGUGAAAGUCAGCCUGGAGCUGGAAGUCGUGCCUGAAGAAGUCAUGGGCGCAGAAUCACUGGUAGCUUUACCACCCGUUAAAGAACCGGUCGCGCAAGCACAGAUUGCCCGAAGGCUGCUCCCAGAAUUUGGAAUUAAUUCCCCCCAACAAACAGUAGCGCGAAGCCAAAUUGUGGUGGAUCUCACGGCUCAAGAAAUUCGCAAGGUGCACCGAAUGGCGUUAUUCAUCUCUGAUGUCGCGGUCACCGGGAGAAAUAUGGAAUUUGUGGAAGAAGAGGCGCAGGAAUUGUGCGCGAUCCUUCACCAAAAACCUCUGGCAGUCACCCAAACAAUUGCAAAUUUUGCAAAAGAAGACUCCGCCUUGCGAUGCGAUAUUAUUCGUAGGGAACUGGCAAAAGCGGUGAAAAAACUGCGAAUUCAGGGAGGCAUCCGGCUUUGGGCGAUGGAUUUUCUACCACUGGAAGAAGAAGCAGAGAUGAAAUAG